GGGUAACAUCAUUUUCCCCAUUCAUUUUAAACGUUGGAUCGCCGGAGGCUAUGGCGAUAUUGAAAAACAAACUAACGGACAGCAAAACAGCGAACGAACGAAACAAACCGGGGUAUGAGCGCCGGUACGAGGGAAUGGCACAGCGAAACUAAACGGGCGAGUGACUAUCUGCGAAAUGAAAGGACAAGACUUCUCAAGUAAAACGAUCGCACAACUCACAGCGCGGUGAUGGAAAACUCUUCACUUCACCAACCCCUCUAUCGGGCGUCCAACUCGCUAAGCAACAAAGAGAGGAGUAUAUGAUAACUACAAAAAGAACAAAGUUCUAAUCCCCCAAGCAGUCUCCCACAUAUGAGCAAGCAAGAAAAGCUAAGAAAGGAAAGCCAAACUUCGUCUACCCGUAGCCUCCCGCCCUCCUUGUGGCCUUUCCGGUUCCCUUCCAGCAUUUCCACUUUCCGUCCACCCUUUCCGUCAUCCUUCCGACGGAUGCACUACUCUGCGACUCCCGAGCAUUCUCGCAACAAAAUCGUUUUCCGAAAAGCCAAACUGCGCGGCGGAAUCCAAAGUGCGCCCCAAGCCAUAGCGUGCAAGUACCUAAAGCACGCUCCUGGAGACUAUGCGAACAAACAAGCCAUCGUGCGAACAUGCCGAGUAGCACCUCGCCCUUCUAAAAAUCCAUGUCUUAUCGGCGUUUGACAAACUUGCUGAUUAUGGUACUACGGCCGGACAAGCCCCUAUCCAGGUGCUGCUCGUCCAGAUGCUACCCGCACAGCCGCGGCCUCUCCCGGUAGCGCUCUUGGGAGCAUUCACGACGAAGCACCAAGACAGGAAGUUUCUGUGGACACCCGUGAGGGCCUCUCCGAGGUCAGAUCCCCGGCGCCUUCCAAGCGUGAGUUUUUGGACGCUCACGAGUACGCUACCAACCUUGCACCAAACUGUGUUCGCCCCAAUUCAGACCGUGCAGCGGAGAAUGUAAGACAAACGAUCCUGCGGUGUAUUCCUCUCCUUUUGCGAUUUUUAUCAUCCUGUAUCGGUGUAGUAACUACUAAAGUUUGUUGGGCUCAAGGAUCGUGUUUCAGUCGCCUCAGCGGUGUCUGGGGGGGUCCGUAUUCCGGGGGUCUUGCAGGUGGUUUAGCACUGAAAGGUGCUGGAUUGCACCUACAGGUCUUUAUACCCGAUGGUUGACUAGGAUGUGGUGCCCCAUUUGUCAAUUGGUUGAUCUACUUUUUGUAUCUUGUAGUGUUCAACAUUGCUGCUCUCUUGUGCGUAUGGGAAUCCGAUAGGAAAUUGAAGCCCACUACCAGAGUCCAGGCCAUCAGUCUCAGGCUGCCUAUCCGGCUCGGGUGAUUGGGUU